UUGAGAGAACAUAACCUGCUGUAAACAUUGGUCAAUUGUGUGUGCCCAAAGGACCUCCAAUUACAUAUAAAAGAGUCAAUUAACAAUGGUCCUCCCUUGUUCUUUUCCUAAUUGCAAGGGAAAAUCUAGAUUCAGGUUCCCUUCAAAAUGUCCACAAACUCGCCAGAAGUGGUUGGAUUUUAUCGGUAUUCAAGACGUGAAGUCGAACAAGGGUUUAUGUAAGAAUCAUUUCACUUCUGAUCAAUUUAUUGUUGAAAGUGAACUUUCAGGAGAAAAAUUAAUCAGAAAGAGGUUGAAGACUAAUGCUGUUCCCACGAUAAAAUUUCUCGAGAAGGAGGAGCAUUUGAAAGGUCAAGGAAUAACUGUGCUCGAUUCUUCGCACGUUCACCCUCAUAACUCCCUUGUUUCCAGACUUUCCCUUGGAAGUCCUGGCAAACGUGUCAGAUCUGAGUCUUUGGAGAUGGGAGAAAAUGCUGACAAAAUAAAACGAAUUAACGAUGUCCUUGAAGGUAGCGUCUGCAGGGACCAAAAGGGCAAUGUGUUCCUCAUUGUCGCAGACAAUGACAUUACCAAAAUUUCCAUUUCUCUCAUAAUCUUGUAAACUAAAAAUCCAUUCAGUAAUAUCAUUCAUCAAUUAAAACCAAAGGAUUGUAGAAAAUAAAAUAUAUUGACUUUA